AUGGUGGAUGAGCAUGAUAAAUUGCUACCCGUUGCAAAUGUGGGUCGGAUCAUGAAAAGGAUCCUACCACCCACCGCCAAGAUCUCCAAAGAAGCCAAGGAAACUAUACAAGAGUGUGCAUCGGAGUUCAUAAGUUUUGUUACCGGGGAGGCAUCUGACAAGUGUCAUAAGGAGAACCGCAAGACCGUUAAUGGAGACGACAUCUGUUGGGCUCUCGGGUCGCUAGGGUUUGAUGACUACUCUCAGGCCAUUGCCCGCUACCUGCAUAAGCAUAGGGAGUUUGAGAGGCAGCGAGCAUCGGCAGCUGCGGCCUCCUCUUCAGCAGCGUUAGACGCUUCAAACAAGACAAACAUAGUCAACAGCAGCGACGAAGCAACUGCUCGAGAAGCUUCUAGUUCUAUCAACUGUAAAGAUCGAUUGUAUUAUCCAAAUACUUCACCACUAGAGUUCAGAUAA